AUGUCCCAGUCAGUGAUUUGCCAGCCAACUGUCUCCCCAGUAACCCAGUCCUCAGAAGGCAGUUGGGCCAGCGGGAGAUAUGAGUGCUGUUUGGACUGUCCCAUGUGUUGUGUUGGAAUUUGCUGCCCGGUGAUUCUGAGCUGCUACGUGGCACACAAAUAUGGAGAACACUGUUGCUUGGCGGUGGUGCCCGGUGGCAUGACUGCACUCCGAACACACAUGCGGGUCUCCUAUGUCAUUCCGGGCACCGUUUUGAGGGAUGCGCUGUCGAUGUGCCUCUGUGGCUGGUGUGAGAUUUGCCGAAUGGCUCGGGAAGUGCAUACUCGCUCUCCAUCUUAGAUAGCAAAGGAGGACAACAAAGGUGG